AUGGAGGCCUUCGUUAGUGCAUCUACCUUUUCGGGAAAUCCGGGGCUGUUGCGUCGUCGAAGAGAUGGCCUAUGUGCACGAACGCAUCCAUCACAAACGCCCAUAAUGGCGAAGAAAAAGACCCCUUCAUCGCCUCCAAGCAAAAAACCGUCUUCAUCCGAGGGAUUUUCGGGCAUGGCGGCGGGGCCUGGAGCACCUACGCGAGAGUCACGCAUUUCGCCAACGCGAGAGCAGGCGAGCGAAACCGAAUCGAGUAGGACAGGAGGGGAGGCUGUUGAUUCGACUACUGCGAAAGUGUCGCGAGCGACUCGCGCUCUUGGAUCGAAAAAGGUGACCGCUCCUCCUAAGCUGGAAACGAAAAAGACUGCCGCUGACUUCAUCGCUGAAGGCGUGGAAGAUGACGCCGGCGCCGGCAACUUUAUUGCCGAGGAUAUCCGCUUUGGAAUAGAUGACGUCCUAGACCCUUUCAAAGAGGAUGACGAGGUCCAAUCGGAAAAACGCCGGGAAUCUGAGGCAGAGAGCGAACGCGAAAGCAUCGGUAAAAGUAUUGAUGUGACUGGUGAUGGUGGCGUUGAGAAGAAACUUGUUGUACCGGGUGAGGGGGACGUUGUCUAUCAAGGUGCUCAAGUAAGUGUCCAGUACACUGGUACGUUAGAAGACGGAACAACGUUCGAUUCUACUCGAUCCAAGAGUGGAAAUUUCUCGUUUGAGCUUGGAGCUGGGCAGGUCAUUAAGGGAUGGGAAGCUGGGGUAUCUACAAUGCGAAAAGGAGAAGUUGCGGCUUUCGAGAUUUCCCCGCAGUAUGCGUACGGACGGAGGGGAAUGCCACCAGUAAUUCCAGGAAAUUCCACUCUGACGUUUGAGAUUGAGCUUGUUGAUUUCAAAGGCGGGGAGAAGGAGGAUAUCAAGACGGUGGCCGAUUACAAUCCCGAGGUGGCUCGGACGCCAGAAGAUAUUGCAAAGGAUUACGAUGCCAGAUUGGAAACGCAAGAAGAACGUAGAAAAGGCAUGAGUCUCCUGGACCGCUUCUACAUCAUAUCUCCGUUUGCCAGCCAAACGGGUGAACGGCCGCCCUGGUGGAUCAAUCCGAACAUCACAUUUGUUGGCAUUCUGGCGUUUUGCGGGUUGGGGUUUUAUCUGGUAGUCUUGUCCGGAGCAAUUCAUUUUGGCUACGUCGAUCAACCCGUUGACGUUAACAUCUUCAAGUGA